CCCUUACAUCUUUUCUUCUUCUUUUUAACACUUAUUCUGUUGGCUCACCAAGAGAACCUAUAUAAGGACUCUUAAACCCUAAAACCCCGCACGACGCAAACAACAGCAGAGACUAGGAAGAGCAAUUUAUCGGAGUAGUACUCGCGGCGGACUUUGACAGCGGACGGUGGAGUAUAUUUGAUCGGCGGCAAACACUCACACCGCAAUCCUAAUCUUCACUAAUUAACUUAAUGGUUUUUGUUUUCUUUUAAAUUUUAUUUUUCUCUUUCUAAUAUUUCAUUGUUCAGUUUGAUACAAGUGUUUCAGCUUCAAAUGGCUAUUGACGGUAGUUUCAACCUUCAUUCUUCGCUUCGGAGACUUCUUCAUCAUUGUCCAGAGCUCCAGCCGCAGUUUGAGUCGCUCGAACAGAGGGUAGAGGUGACAGAAGAGGAAGUUGUUACUGAGCUAGGAGGGGUGUUUCUGCACCCGAGUUAUACAAUUCCAUUGAUGGGCUGUUUCCGACCGAUUGCUCAACGAAUUGUAGAUAAAGCUGUUGCUUUGCUUAGUCAUGUGCCACAUUUGAAGUCUAUUCCGGAGGACCCUGCUUGUGAGGAUGAUCCUCUCAGUGUUUUGGUUGGGGUCGUGAAUAUCAUAGAAUUUUAUAGUCAACAGGGAAGGGGUCUGGACCUUCAUGAGCUUGCCUGUCUAGCUUUCUGUCGUGCUCUUGACAUGGGUCCUUUUCUGUUGAGUUCUAUAUUAAGCUAUUUCAAUUUUGCUCCUGCUCCAUUUGAGAGAUUUUCACUGAAACAAGUUAUGGUUGAGACCCAUGAACUGCGUGUUGCACGAAUAUCAUACCGUUUCCUUCUAAUGGAAAGUGAAAUUUUCUCUAAGCUUUGGGACUGGUCUUGUUUUCUUGACCUCGUAAAAGAAUCAUGCAAAUCAGAUCUUAAAUGGUGUGGGGUGCAGGUAUUGAGCGUUCUGCUCAAAUUAGGCUAUAAAGCCACCGAAAACCUAAAUGUUGGGGCUGAAGAAGCUUGUUCUUGUCUAUUGCGCUGGGAAGAGUUCUGUCAGGACACGUCACUAGAGAAAGUUGGUUGCUAUGUCAAACCAAUAGCAGACUAUGUGUCCAGUUCCCCAGAUAGAGCCAUGGUUUUGAAUAAUGAGAACUGUUUAAAAUUCUCUGGCUUUAAUUAUCUGUCGGUUAGUUCACCAAAACUUCCUGAGUCGCCUCAACAUUCAAAGAGGCAACAACAUUCAAAGAGGCAACGACUUACCACAAGGGAUGAUAUAUCAAUGAGUGAUACAUUUGUAUUGACCCCAACGGUGAAGAAAAGUUAUGAUAGAGUUCUUUUGGCCAUCAGUCAGAAGUGGCCUGUUCUUUUAUAUGGCCCCACUGGUUCUGGAAAAUCCGCUCUCAUUGCCAAGCUGGCUAAGGAUAGUGGAAAUCGAGUUCUAUCCAUCCAGAUGGAUGACCAAAUCGAUGGUAGAACAUUGGUUGGAGCUUAUGUCUGUACAGAUAGGCCUGGGGAGUUUAGAUGGCAGCCUGGGUCACUUACCCAGGCUGUGCAGAAAGGGUUGUGGAUUGUUUUUGAGGAUAUCAACAAAGCACCAUCUGAUUUGCACUCCAUAUUAGUGCCUUUAUUGGAAGGGGCUGGUUCAUUUGCAACAGGACACGGGGAGGUAGUAAGGGUGGCCGAAUCUUUUAGAAUUUUUUCAACUAUUGCUGUUUCUAAGCUUGACACAUUUGAGAGUGCAGGUCAAAAUUCAUUUAGUGUCUUGUGGAUAAGAGUGAUGGUUCCGCCUCUUGAUAAUAAAGACUUGCAAGAGAUACUUAAAGUGAGGUAUCCGGAUUUGGAGCUUUACGUUAGCCAACUCAUAGAAACCUUUGAAAGGGUAAACAAUAUUUCCAUGCUUCAAUUUGUGGGUUUCCACCCAGGAAAUUCUUCUUCUGGUUACUGUCCCUGCAGGUUCUCAUUAAGGGAUCUCCUUAAAUGGUGCAAAAGGAUUGCAGGUUCAGGAUUUAGCCUUGAUGGUAGUUUAUCUGAAAACCAAUGUUAUACGGAGGCUGUUGACAUAUUUGCAUCCUCUUCGUCUUCAAUUAAAAACCGUUUGUCAGUAAUGAAAGAAAUUGCUGAGUUGUGGAAAUUACCUGUUUCUGCUGCUGAGACCUUGUAUCCCUUAGACAAACCUAUAAUUCAGGAUUCUAUAACAAAUUUAAUAAUAGGCCGAGUUUCCCUGCAGUACACUGAAAAACCUUUACAACAACAUAAAAGACCUUUUGUUGAGAUUCGUAGUUCUUUGCAUGUUUUGGAGCGGAUAGCACGUUCUGUCGAGUAUAAUGAGCCUGUACUCUUGGUUGGAGAAACUGGUACUGGGAAGACUACCAUUGUCCAAAAUUUGGCUUUAAGGCUUGGCCAGAAGCUUACAGUUUUUAAUCUUAGUCAGCAAAGUGAUGUUGCUGACUUACUAGGGGGUUUUAAGCCUAUGGAUGCUCAAUCUGUCUAUUUGUCCCUUUAUAAAGAGUUCAAAGAACUGUUUACAAAGACAUUUCCUGUAAAGAAUAAUGGAGUCUUUAUUACUUAUCUACAUGAGUAUAUCGAAAGACAUCGAAAGAAGUUUUUGAUUGAUAAGAAUGGGGAAGAUCUGUUGAAAGGAUUGCAAAUAGUAGUUGAAAAGUCAGUUAAGCUUAUACAACCUUUUUUGAUUGAUGAGAAUGGGGAAGAUCUGUUGAAAGGAUUGCAAAUAGCAGUUGGAAACUCAGUUAAGCUUAUACAACCUGGAUCUUCCAAAAGGCGUAAAAUACCAUUAGAAGAACAAAAGUCAGUUAAGCUUAUACAACCUGGAUCUUCCAAAAAGCGUAAAAGACCAUUAGAAGAACAAAUAAUCCAAUCUUGGGUGAGAUUUUGCAGAAAACUGCAUAAUGUCUGUCAAAGUAAUCCUUCUUCAACGAUGAUGUUUUCUUUUGUCGAAGGAAGUUUUGUUACUGCACUUAGAAAUGGUGAGUGGAUUUUGCUUGAUGAGGUGAAUUUGGCUCCUCCAGAAACCUUGCAAAGAAUUGUCGGUGUUCUAGAAGGGGAACAUGGUGUGCUAUGUUUAGCUGAAAGAGGUGAUACAGAUUAUAUACAUCGCCAUCCAAACUUCCGUAUAUUUGCCUGCAUGAAUCCAGCAACAGAUGCAGGGAAGCGGGAUUUGCCCUUCUCUUUAAGGAGUAGAUUUACUGAGUAUUUUGUCGAUGAUGUUUUGAAUGAUGAGGAUUUAAGUCUAUUUAUUAGUCAAUUCAUUAGUAGUGACUACAUGGAUCAACAGUUGGUUAAUAAAAUUGUUUCUUUCUAUAAAGAAGCAAAAAAGGAAUCUGAAGAGAGGUUGCAAGAUGGUGCCAACCAGAAACCUCAGUACAGUUUAAGGUCCCUUUAUCGUGCUCUGGAGUAUAUGCAGAAGGCGGCAGAAAGAAAAUUUGGAUUGCAAAAGGCAUUAUAUGAUGGUUUUAAUAUGUUUUUUGUCUGUUUGUUGGAUGGAUCUAGUGCUGAAAUUAUGAGGAAAAAAAUAUCAUCUCUUCUGUUAGGAGGUCAUAUGCCUCCACAUGUACAUCUUUCCCGCUAUUUAGAGAAGUCCAAAUCUGAUGGAUCUUCAGGGAACUAUGUUCAAACUAAAUCUGUACAGGAGCAUCUUGGCAAUUUGGCGCGUGCUGUUCUAAUGAGAUAUCCCAUCCUCUUACAAGGUCCCACAUCCAGUGGGAAAACUAGCCUUGUUCGGUAUCUUGCUGCAAUAACUGGUCAUGAUUUUGUAAGAAUCAACAAUCAUGAACAUACUGAUUUGCAGGAGUAUCUUGGUUCUUAUAUAACUGACACUACUGGAAAGCUUGUUUUUAAUGAAGGUGUUUUGGUUAAAGCUGUGAGAAAUGGUCACUGGAUUGUACUUGACGAGCUUAAUUUGGCUCCAUCUGAUGUGUUGGAGGCAUUGAACCGAUUGCUUGAUGAUAACAGAGAGCUUUUUGUUCCUGAGCUGCAAGAAAGAAUUAAAGCUCAUCCAAACUUUAUGCUUUUUGCUACUCAAAAUCCGCCUACACUAUAUGGUGGCCGCAAAAUGUUGUCCCGGGCAUUUCGUAAUCGUUUUGUUGAGAUUCAUGUUGGUGAAAUUCCAGACAAUGAGCUCAGCAAAAUACUGGAGGAUAGAUGUAAAAUCUAUGUAGGUCAUGCUGAAAAAAUGGUUGAAGUGAUGAAGGAUCUUCGAUUGCACAGACAGAGUAGUCGGGUCUUUGCUGGCAAACAUGGAUUUAUAACACCUCGAGAUUUGUUCCGUUGGGCUGAUCGUACCCAGAGAUUUGGUAACUCUAAUGAAGAUUUGGCCAAAGAUGGCUACUAUCUUUUGGCAGAAAGGCUACGGGAUGAGGAUGAGAAGUCUGUCGUUCAAGAAAUUCUGGAAAAGUACUUUCGGGUUAAACUGAAUAUAAAAAGUUUGUAUGAACAGAUAUCAUGUAGAGACAACUCUUCCAAUUUGUUAGUUGGCUUUGGAGGUUCAGAUGGUCUAGAAAGUGUACUCUUGACCAAAGGUAUGCAGAGGUUGUACUUCCUCGUGGAACGCUGCUAUAACUUACGUGAGCCUGUACUGCUUGUUGGAGAAACAGGUGGAGGAAAGACUACCGUGUGCCAGUUAUUAAGUGCUUGUUUGCAGAUAAAAUUACGCACCUUGAAUUGCCAUCAAUAUACGGAAACAUCUGAUUUUAUUGGGGGAUUCCGUCCUACACGAGAGAGAUCUGCAUUAAUUUCUGGGUAUAAAGAGAUAAUUGAAAAGUUGAAGAAACUAAAGACUUGUACAUACUUUCAUAAGGGCCUUUCUUCUGACAUCAAGGAUGCUUCUUCAACUCUUAAUCUGCUGAGUGAUAGGAUAAGGAAAUUUAAAGAAGGUCAAGUUUGUUUGGGUAUCAGCAGAGAAGAACUUAAGGAUCUUGAGCAAAUUAAGUGUGAUCUCAAUGGCUUGCAUCAAAAGUGGCAGAGCAUAUUUGUGUGGCAGGAUGGUCCUCUCGUAGAAGCAAUGAGAGAUGGUGACCUUUUUCUUGUGGAUGAAAUAUCAUUGGCUGAUGAUAGUGUACUUGAGAGAUUGAAUAGUGUGUUGGAACCAGAAAGGAUGCUAUCUUUGGCUGAAAAAGGAGGGACAGAUCUUGAGAAGGUUACUGCACAUUCAAAUUUUUUUGUUCUUGCAACAAUGAAUCCUGGCGGUGAUUAUGGGAAGAAGGAGUUAUCUCCAGCACUACGCAAUCGAUUUACAGAGAUAUGGGUUCCCCCUGUUAAUGAUCUAGACGAGCUUCAAGGCAUUGCUCUGAAAAGAAUUUCUAAGUUUAAAGUUACUGGCAGCUUAUGUCCUGAAUGUCAAGAAAGACUCUCACUAAUUGUUGAUGCUAUGAUAAGGUUUUUUGAGUGGUUCAAUAACUUGCAACCAGGAAGAAUGCUUACAGUGAGAGAUCUCAUUUCUUGGGUUGACUUUUUCAUUACAAUGGAAACAAGCUUAGAACCAGAGCAUGCACUUCUUCAUGGAGUAUUUCUUGUUUUGCUUGAUGGCUUAAGUCUAGGGACAGGACUUUCCAAAAGGGAUGCUGCAGAGCUAAGGGAGAGAUGUCUUUCCUUUCUUUUACAAAAGCUAAGGGUUGGUAAAAGUAAUUUAUUAUAUUCAGAACUUUCAAGAAUGGGAAACUACGGUUGGGGUGAAUUUGUGGAUGUGCCACACAGUAAUAAUACGCACCACGAUGAUUUAUUUGGCAUUGAUCCAUUCUAUAUCAAUAAAGGUAUUGGCAUUGUUGAGGAUGGUGGGUUUGAAUUCAUGGCGCCUACUACCCGCAGGAAUGCCUUGAGAGUUUUGCGGGCUAUGCAGCUUCCAAAGCCUGUUUUACUAGAAGGUAGCCCAGGUGUAGGGAAAACUAGUUUAAUCAUUGCCUUGGGUAACUGUUCUGGGCACAAAGUGGUACGAAUAAACUUUUCAGAGCAGACUGAUAUGAUGGAUCUGUUAGGGUCUGAUUUACCAGUUGAAAGUGAGGAGGGAAUGAAGUUUUCUUGGUCUGAUGGGAUAUUAUUGCAGGCACUGAAGGAAGGUUGUUGGGUUUUGCUGGACGAACUUAAUCUUGCUCCACAAUCUGUUUUAGAAGGUUUGAAUGCUAUACUGGACCACAGAGCUGAGGUGUUUAUACCGGAGUUGGGAAAUACUUUUAAAUGUCCACCAUCAUUUAGAGUUUUUGCUUGCCAGAAUCCAUCACAUCAAGGUGGGGGCCGAAAAGGCCUUCCAAAGUCAUUCCUAAAUCGAUUUACAAAGGUAUAUGUUGAUGAGUUAGUUCAGGAAGACUACCUAUCCAUCUGCGAAACAAAAUUUCCGACCAUCUCUCAAACAUUACUCUCAAAGUUAGUCUUAUUCAAUAAAAGAAUGCAUGAAGACACUACAGUAAAUCAAAAGUUUGCCAAGGAUGGCUUUCCAUGGGAGUUCAAUCUUCGUGAUAUAUUUCGGUCUUGUGAGAUAAUUCAAGGUGCACCGAAGCACUCUGGAUUGUAUUCCUUCGUGAACACUGUUUAUAUUCAGAGAAUGCGUACAGCAGCUGAUCGCAAGGAAGUCUUACGAGUUUUCAAGGAGGUAUUUGAGGUGACACUGCCUAUAAAUCUAUAUCCCCGUGUUCAACUGAACUCAGAACAUUUAAUUGUGGGCAAUGCUACUAUUAAGAGGAAUCAUGUCCAAUUAACUACACCCUCAAGCAAACAGCUCCUGAUUCUGCCUGAAAUUCGACAGAGUUUGGAAGCUGCUGCUCAAUGUGUAGAGCGUCAAUGGUUAUGCAUCUUGACUGGGCCAUCGUGUUCUGGGAAAACUUCACUGAUAAGAUUACUAGCUAACCUAACAGGAAAUAUGCUGAAUGAAAUUAAUCUUUCAUCUGCAACAGAUAUAUCUGAACUAUUGGGAUCUUUUGAACAGUAUGAUGCCUUGCGUAAUUUUUUCAAUGUAGUUGGUCAAAUUGAGCGCUAUGUUAAUGAGUUCAUUAGUUUGCAACUGGAGGCUUCAAAGGAUGCAAUUUUCAGGGAAACCGAUUUCUAUACCAGAUGGAUUGCUUUCCUCUCUAGCUUUAAAUUUGAGAGCUUGUUAUCUUCUGCUACAAAUUAUCUUGAUGACCAGAAGAAAAUAGUAUGUUCCCUUAGUUUGUUCGUUGAACAACUAAAGUUGCAGAUAGAAAGGAGUUCUCUUCCUCUAUCCUACUCUUUAAAGGAACUUGAUUUUGUAUCGAAGGCAGUUUUAAAGAUGAAAGAUGAUAAAAACAGCGCUGUUUCAACCAAAUUUGUAUGGGUUACAGGACUGUUGAUCAAGGCUAUUGAGCAAGGGGAAUGGAUUGUGUUGGAGAAUGCAAAUCUAUGUAAUCCCACGGUCCUUGAUAGAAUUAACUCAUUGGUGGAACCUUGUGGAUCGAUCACGGUGAAUGAGCGUGGAGCUGUUGAUGGAAAGCCAUUGGUUAUUCAUCCACACCCUAAUUUCCGCAUGUUCCUCACAGUGAAUCCGCAGUAUGGUGAAGUUUCUCGAGCAAUGCGUAAUAGGGGAGUUGAAAUAUUUAUGCUCCAGCCAUAUUGGGCAUUAGAUGAUAUGAGUGGAUACAAUGGUGAGGACAUUGAACUNAGAGAUGUCAGGAGGUUUCUUGUUUUAUUGGGUAUUCCGAUUGCUCAAUUGGUUGAUUCAAUGGCUACAGCCCACAUUUAUGCUAAAAAGGAAGGUUNGAAGCUUAAUNAUCGCAUUACAUAUCUUGAACUCUCACAUUGGGUUCAUCUGUUUCUGCAGCUUCUUAGGAAUGGUUGUUGUCCUAUUUGGAGUCUACAAAUAAGUUGGGAGCAUAUAUAUCUCUCCUCAUUGGGUGCUGAGGGAGAGAAAAUAGUCAAUUUAGCCAAAACUGAAUAUUUAUCUGUACCUAAUUUUGUUGGGUAUGACGUUUUGACAGUAUGUCCUCUGAGUUUGCCUGGAGGAUGGCCAUUGCCACCCAGUUUAAGGGAUUUUAUAUAUUACUCAAAAGAAGCUUCUAUCAAACAGAAUUGCAUGUAUCUAGAGUCACUGGGAACUCAAAUUGCAUUUCAUAGGGAGUGUAAAUUUGAUUCAGAGUUGACAAAGAAGAUGCUAUUCUUUUCUGCCAAUUGGGCAAUUGAACAAGCUACCAAAAGUGAUUUAAAGUUCUAUCUUCUAAGGUUUAAGUGGUUCAGUUCUUUCUGCAAGUUCUUUCAUGACUUUGUCAAACUGAUUGAACAGAUGAUGGAACAUCCUAUUUGGGAGUAUAUUUCAUGCCGUGAUGAACUAGAUGUUGAUUUGCAGUUAAUACCAUUGUUGUCACUUGAUAUAGUUAAUUUGGCUCCAUCAAAUAGCAAAACUAAAUAUCUCUGUAAUGCUAUUAUUUGCUUUGAUCCUCUAAGGCUAACAUUCCAGCAACGGAAUAUUGAGAGCCAACAUAGUUUUAAUGAAAAAGCCAGUCGCUUCAUUCCACUUUUGAAGUCCCUUUAUGUUUUGCAAGAUGAAAUACUUUACAAAUUUGUUUCAGCAUCUAAGCUAAUUGAGGACCAGUCUUUUGAUUAUAAAAUACAGUUAUACUGCAGCCUCAUCGAGGACCAUGUUUUAUUUUGGCGAUACUUGGUUUCUUUGAAGUUUGAUCCUUUGAAGUUUGAUCAGUUUGAUCAUUUGGAGUUUGAUCAGUUGAAGUUUGAUCAGAUGAUAAUUUCUUGGCACUCUUUGGUGAAAGGUGCUCAAAAGUUUAUAGAUAUCUGUCCUGAAGCAGUUGAUGAUUUUUUGAUGGAGAGCAAAAAAUUGAAGUUCUCUUUUUCGGAAGAACCCUUACUAUGGAUUCAUGGUGGUCACCCAUUUUUGCCCUCUUCUUCUGAUUUACACGAUCAACAUCAUCAGAUUUUGAAAUUUGUUGAAACAAUUUGGCCAAGAAAGACAGGACCCAAAUACCAAGGAAAUUUGAGCAGGCAUCUUGUUGAUGUUGUUGCAUCAUUUGAUCAUGAUCUCCGCAUCCUCAUUAUGCAAGAUGUGUCAAACUCAUCAUUCUUAAUGGUGAAAUGGAGUCAUGAGGAUGGUAUCCAUAAUUUUCAGAAGUUGGAGAAGACGCAUCAGGUGCUGCUAAGAAGGUUUGAACAUGAAAAACAGAAGUUGCAGUUGAAUUCAGGAUCCAAAGACAGUUCAUCUUUUGUUGAAUAUUCAACUGCUUGUUGUUCAUUCUCACGUGAAAUGUUGUGCCAAAAGUCUGCAUUUGAGGCCUGGCAGGAUACGUUCCCUCCAGUUGAUUAUGCCAGUUUAUUUUGGGACAUGGAGUUACUGCAGAAACUUACAUCAAUUCAUUUGGAUGAUCUUGAAGGAUUGCACCAAGCUGUGNGAUNUCUAUCAGACCUUUUGGACUNUGCUUUGNAGUUUUCNUUGAGUUUCUCAUCAAGGCCUCCACAAAUGUUUGUGCCACACCAGAAGAUAUUGUGGACCCUUAAUGCAUGGGCUUCAGUGGAUGCAGUGAAUUUGAAAAUUGCAAGUUUUAUUCUGGAGAUGUGGUUUAAGUGGCAUGAAACUGUGUGGGUAUGGUUCCCUAAAUUUAAUAAGAACUUUGUGAAGAUUGAUGGCUUUGGUACAACUGCACUUCCCCACAUGCUCAUUGAGCCUUCCAGUGCAUCAACUGUGUUGCAGAUCACGCAAAGCACACAUGCUAUCAAGGAAUCUUGGGUGCAAUGUCUCAAGUGUAGAGUUACCUUGUUCAAUCUGUGGCAUUGUUCUCAUCAUGGAACACAUCUACCUAAAUUUCUUUUAUCUGCUGCUCGCUCUCUUUUCCAGCAGAUUAUUUAUGCUCACAGAAAAUCAUUUGAUGCUGAUCAGUUUGCUAGAAUUAAAUCUACUUUUUCUUCUUCUGAGAAGAAUUCACUCACGGAAGAAAGCAUCUAUAUUCUGAGCUCUCUUGUUGCUUCAUCAAGACAUCAAAGGUUAGAAAAAUCCGUUCAGAAGUUCAUUGUUCCACUGCUUAGAGAGCUGUAUCUUCAGACUAAUGCUGCCGAUUUCAACUUUACUAUUGGUUGUGCAUGGGCGCAUAUUGGAGCAUUGCGCAUUCACCUAUUGCUUAGCUGUAGUGAAAUUGAUCCCACCAUGAAGUACUAUUGCAAGUACUCUCAGCUCAUGGAAACAAUAUCAACACUUGAACUUGAAAUUUAGGUGCGGAAAGAGUGUGGUUAUUUUGCUGGGCAGUUUUUAACACACGAGUCUGACAAAAGAAAAACACAAAGGUUGGAACAGCUUCAGGCAGAGCGUCAGAUGUUGGAAAAAAAGAUUGUGUUUCGCGCUGAACCAUUGAAAUACAAGAAGUUAAUGAAGGAAUGUGAUGACUUUCUUAAACAAGUUGAUGGUUUGGAAGCUUUGCUGAGUAGGGGUACUGCUCAGGACUUACAACAGAUUGUUGACCAUGCUUGUGGCUGGCAGGAAACAACUACAUGUUUUAUUGAUCGAUUAAUGGAUGAGUAUGCUGCAUAUAGUGACAUUAUUCAACCAAUUCAGGUUGCUGUGUAUGAGAUGAAAUUGGGAUUAUCACUGGUUCUGUCAAGUAUCCUGGAAAAGAAAUGUUUGAAUAAACUUGGGGUGGAAAACAUCAACAUGGUUACGGAAAUGAUGUACAUACUUAUGCGCUUCCCUCGGUCUGCUUCGUAUAAGUUCAUUUCUGUUAAGCAUGACAUUGAGUUGAACUUGCACCCUGCAUACAGUUUUGACUCUUGUUUGGUAGAUAUGGAUUUGAUGGAAAGGCUUGUUACACUUUCAAGUGGUGUUGCUGGUGAUGAGAUGGUAUCUGCGGUGCAAAAUGGAGCUGCUAUCUAUUGGAGUUUUUUUGUUCAAAUUGCACAUCGUAUUGCUAAUGCUAAAAUAAUUGAUGAUAAAUCUUACAUGUUCUUGCAAAAGAUAUUUUACGAGUUCACCACACUUUGGUUUGAUACAAAAGCUUACACAAACUCAAAGAGUGAUUUUGAUGCUCAACCGUACACGUUUAGACCUCGAGCUUUUCAAAUUGAGAGUAUUAUUGAUGUUGAAAUGCCAUCACUGGCAAAUUCAUUUGCCCCUGAGACAUUUUUUGAAUGGAAGGAAUUUUCUUCCGAUGAAAAUUCUGCUGACAAAAUGGUAUCCUCUGAGGAAUGUUUCACAUUGGAUGAAGAAUGGAAGCAGCUGGAAGAGUCUAUCCUCAGCCAUGUGGUUCUCAUUCACAAUCAGAUAUUUGGGUCAAGUCAAGUGAUCUAGUCCAGACUGUGACCUGGAAAUUUUGAAGUUUCUGAUGAAGAUCGGUUGCAUUCCUUUACAAACUCAUAUUCUUUGGGCAUUGAUUUAAUCAAAGGUGUCCACUCCAUAAAUUUGGCCAGUUUAGAUGUUAAACUCAUGCCAGAAAACUUAUUUUAUCUCUGUUUAGACUACAGAAAGAAGUACCUUCUGUCUCACAAAUCUGCUACUCGAUACAAUAUUUAUACGGAUUCAAAUGCUCCUGAAAUGGUACACAUGUUGAAAGUACUUGGACCUCUCCAACAGCAGAUCCUUCCUCAUAUAAAUGAGUGGGAAGUUCAUAAUGAUCUUCAAAAAAUUUUGGAUGUAAUUGACAUGCUCUUGACUCUCCCAUCAGAUACUCCUUUAGCAAAGGCUUUUUCAGGGUUGCAGUUUUUACUUCACAAAGCUGAAGUUAUGCAAGAAAAUGGUUCAAAGUUCCCCCUUUCAAAUCAACUCAAAUCUGUUAAUGAUUUGUUGUCAUCAUGGCAAAAGAUGGAACUAAAUUCUUGGCCUGCUUUGCUUGAUGAUGUGAUUGAUCAGUAUGAGAAUAAUGCAGCCAAAUUGUGGUUUCCUCUGCAUUCUGUGCUUCGACAAAACUCUUGUGAAAUAUCAAUUAUCCAAAGCCUUGAGGACUUCAUACAUACGUCCAGUAUUGGGGAAUUCAAGAAACGUCUUCAGCUUCUCUUUGCUUUCCUUGGUCAAAAUCAUAUCAGUGCAUCUUUGGAAAUUAAUUCCAGUUCUUGUCGGUUGGAACAGUCAACAUUCUUGUACAAUAUCUUUGGAUUUUAUGUGCAGUUCUUACCAAUAGUAUUGAAGUACAUUGAUGCUAGUAGGAAAGAGGUUGGUAUUGAACUAAAUAAACUAGUGAAACUAUGUCAGUGGGAGCAUGGCAAGAGUCAUUUGUCAUUUGAAAGCAUGAAAAAGAGUCGGCAGAAGCUUAGAAAGCUUAUACAAAAAUAUACUGAUGUCUUGCAAGAACCCGUGUCUAUUUUCCUUAACCAACAAGGUGCACAGAGAGGAGCAAAAGCACGAUCUUUUCAUAAUCAUAAGCCCACUUAUGAUGUUACGAGCAAGGGUUUGGUUGAUGGUUCUUUUGAUUUGACAUUGUUCAGUGAAAACAGGUUCAUGUGGUUUGACAACUUUGGUGGGGGAUUAGACAGUGCUUUUCAGAACUUGUUGCUUAAGAAAACAUCAGUAUUGGAUAUUAUUCCUUCACAUCGGAAAGAAAUUAAAAGCAUAUUUAGGCCAUGUCGUGACUCCCAGCAUACACUUUGCCUGAAAGGAUGGAAAGCUGUUUGGCAUAUGAUUGAAAAAAUAUAUACCACCGCAGUUGACUAUGGUAAUCUUUUGAAGGAAGAGAAAAAGGGUCAAGGGAAGAGAAGAGCUUUGUCUGAGCUUCUUAAGCUUUUAGAAAGCAAUGGAUUGUCUCGACACAAAUCAGCUUAUACAGGAGACCAGCAUAAAACUUGGUGGUUCCUUCAGCUUUCUGAGAACAUAUCGUAUUUACUCCCAACCAGCAGUAGAUUAGAGUGUGUAACCCCAGGAAUUCCUGAAGUUGAAAAUAAGAGUAUUGAAGAAGAAAGUUUGCUUAUAGAGUGGAAAACUGCCACUGAUUAUUACUACAAGAGUGUUGUGUCUGUGCUGCUUAUGCAGCAAAUGUGCCUCAAUCCACAUAAAGAUAUAACUCUUCAACAGGUUGACAGUUCUAGUUCUUUCCUCAAUCAACUUAUCCAGAUACAACAGAAGCAACUGACUGCUGCCAGUGCAUUCAACAAACAAUUGAAAUGCUUUAGAGAACGUGUUUCUACUAUGGGGAAAUUGUUUUCAAUUUCCUCCACCGAUAAUGAAAAAAAAUAUAUUUGUUCUAUUAUUCCCAAACAGGAUGCUACUUAUAAGUGCAUGUGGCAACAAAAACAAUUGUUUGAUACUCUUUAUGCUACAUCACAAGAAGAAUUGCUUUUACUGAGAAUAUUAGAAAGUAGCCAUUUAAACACUUGCAAUAGAGCCAGACCCUUAGUCAGUCGGAUGAUUGCUUUCAUUGAAGAAUUUUUACCGUCGUUCGGUAAAUCAAAGGAAUCAUUGGAUUGUUACCUAAUUGGGAGGUCCAAAGCUGUGACUGCAGUGACUUCUUCCUUGCAUCCUUGCAUUGUUACUCAAGAAAUGGAGCUGCUGGUUUCUAAAAACUUCAAGACCAUUGGGAAUUUUAAGGUUCGUUUGCUUGAACUACAGAAGCAAGAUUUUCAAGAGCAAGAUUUGGAUAGGAGUACAGUUAGAGAAGUUCUGAUCCAACAUUUUCUAGAAAUAACUGACAAGGCAGAAUUGAUCGAGGAUGAGUUUAAAACAGCAAUACAGGGAAAUUUUGGUGAAGUAGAUCUAUCUGGAGAUAUAUUUUGUGAAAGAAACUCUGUGGAGCUUAAUGCCGGGUUCAAUGAAGCCCUUAUGUCUAUAUAUCAUCAUCUUGCAUCUGUAUUGCAGAGUUUAUGUUUUCCAAGCAAUAUUCCUAUGGUUGAUGAGUCCAUGGAAAAAAUUGUUUCUUGGGAAUCAUUAUUUGAGUCAUUUGUUACAAGUCUUAGCUUGGACAAAGUUGUUUCUUCUGUGGUAAGCUUUUCUCUUUGCAAGUUGUUUCAGUACUCUUUGUUACUGUACAAUUAAUUGGACAAUACCUUUGCUCUGUAGGAGAUGUUAGUGAAUUGCUGUGACGAUAAAAUCAGUAGUUAUUCAUCCGUUGGAGCCCAUUUUAAAAGCCUACAUAUGUUCAUGGAUGAAUUACUAAACUUUGGUGAUCAACUCAUGAAAAAUUUCUUAGCCAUGCACAGAUCAGUAUCUGUAACAACUCAUGUUAUUGCAAAUAUUUUAGCUUCUUUAUUUUCAAAAGGUUUUGGAAUAUCUCCCGAAGACCAGGAGGAAGAUGGAAUUGAUACCACUAGAGAUUCAAAUGGUACAGGCAUGGGAGAGGGUGUCGGAUUAAAAGAUGUGAGUGAUCAGAUUGCUGACGAAGAUCAGUUGCUUGGAACAACUGAACAGCAAAAUGAAAAGCAAGAUGACACGGACAAAGUGCCAAGUAGCAAUAUUACAGGGAUUGAGAUGGAGCAGGAUUUCCAGGCUGAUGCAUUGAGCCUCAGUGAAGACUCUGGAGAAGAUGAUGAUACUGAUAAUGAGGAUGGGGAACUUGAGUCUGAAAUGGGACCCACUGGGCCAGACAGUGAAGCAGUGGGUGAGAAGGUUUGUGAUAAGAAUGAAAAUGAAACUCCCAAUAAUACAAGAGAAAAGUAUGAAUCUGGACCUUCGGUUAAGGAUAGAGAUGCAGGCAACACAGAGUUAAGAGCCAAGGAUGACUCUACAGCUAAUGAACCUGCGGAUGGUAAUUGUAAUGAAGGUGAUGCUCAGGAUGAUGAAACUGUAAUACCAGAUGAUGUAGGUGAUGAAGAGAAAGAAGAUGAAGUGUCAAUGGACAAAGAAACAGCAUAUUCAGAUCCUACUGGGUUGAAGCCUGAUGAGUUGGAUCAAACCUCUGACAUGGAUUUGGAUUUAAAUGAAGAUGCAGAUCUCAUGGAAGAUGCAGAACCUGAUGAGCAAGAUAAUAUAGCUGAGAAUGGAAAGGAAGAGAAGCAGGAAGAAGAGACUUGCUCCCCUGACGAAGUUAUGGAAGAGGCACAUACUGAAGUUGAUGUGAACUCUGAAAUGGAUGGUGAAGGUCAACAAAAUGCAGACAUGCACUUCACAGAAUCAAAAGAGGAUAUAUUUAAACCUUCGGAAUUGAUUAAUGAGGAAGUUCCCCCUGCCGAAUUAGCAUCACAGUCCAAAUUUGAUUGGCAGACAUCUGGUUCUGAAAAUGUUGCAGCAGAGUCAAAUUUGUCUAAUAGCCAUCAUGACUCUGACUCUAUUCUGUUGGGAGGUGUGCCUUCAAGUAUAUCUGAGAUGGAUUUUAAGAUGUCUGACUCGUCAAAUGGUGGGGGAUUUGGUGAAAAUCAACCUAAAUCUCAUGAUAAUCCCCAGAGUGAGCGUUCCUUUAUUCAGGAGAAGCAUACUAAUCCUCAUCGGAGUAUAGGUGAUGCACUUGAAUAUCAGAAAGAAAGAAUUAAUGUAUCUGGUGACGCUCAGGAAGAUAACAGUGAGAAACAGGAUGAGAUGGAAGAUGACAAUGCUGAUGAGUAUGGCUAUGUUUCUGAAUUUGAAAAGGGAACAGCUCAGGCUUUGGGACCUGCAACACUAGAGCAGGUUAAUAGAAACUUUGACGGUGACCAGCCCGAUAAAGAAUGUCAUGCUGGAGAAGAUUCAAAGUUACAGUUUGAAAAGGAAAAAUCAGAAAUGAUUUCUGUAAAUAAUUCAUCAUUAGUUACCAAAAACGAAAAAAGGGAGCAAGCGAAUCCGUCAGUCACGGAAACAUUGCGGGAUGAUGGAUCAGCACAUUCUCUUGCUAGUACAAAUAUUGAUCUUGAGAAUCGUUUGGAAGAUUUGGUUUCUUUCAGAAGUUCAUUCAUGAGAGAUAGCUCAGAUCUAAGCCAGCUUUCUCUGCACGACAAAGACUUGGGUAAAGGCCAAGAACCUUUUGAUGUACCUGAUCAUGUGAAAGAUAGUGCUACUGCUCUCUGGAGUAGAUUCGAACUUAGCACAACAAAAUUGUCUAUUGAGUUGGCUGAGCAACUGCGCCUUGUAAUGGAGCCCACUCUGGCCAGCAAACUCCAAGGGGACUAUAGAACUGGAAAAAGAAUAAAUAUGAAAAAGGUAAUUCCUUACAUAGCAAGUGAUUAUAGUAAAGAUAGAAUAUGGCUCAGGCGGACCAGACCCAACAAACGUGAUUACCAAGUUGUUAUAGCUGUUGAUGAUUCACAUAGUAUGUCAGAGAAUGGUUGUGGUGAUGUUGCUAUUGAAGCUUUGGUUACUGUAUGUCGUGCUGUUUCUCAAUUGGAAAUGGGAAGCUUGGCUGUUGCUAGUUUUGGAACAAAAGGAAACAUAAAGUUGUUGCACGACUUUGACAGGCCCUUUAGUGGAGAGGCUGGUGUUAAGGUUAGCAAGAUAAUAACUUGACUUAUAUUGAUUAUUUUUAUUAAAAUCAUUGUGCGUGUGUGGAAUAUGCUUGUGAGAGGAUCUAUGUCUAAUCUAGGUCUAACUUUUUGUUUGGCUGAGGAGCAGAUGAUAUCCAAUUUGACAUUCGAACAAGAGAACACGAUUGCUGAUGAGCCAGUUGUUGACCUAUUGAAGUACCUGACUAACAAACUGGAUACUGCAGUCGUAAAAGCACGACUUCCAUCUGGACAUAACCCACUACAGCAACUAGUUUUGAUAAUUGCAGAUGGUCGGUUUCAUGAAAAGGAGAAUUUAAAACGGUGUGUUAGAGAUGUAUCAACUGGUAAUCGAAUGGUUGCUUUCUUGCUUCUUGAUAAUUCUCAGGAGUCAAUUAUGGAUAUGAAGGAAGCUUCUUUUGAGGGUGGGAAGAUGAAAUUUUCUAAGUACAUGGAUUCCUUUCCCUUUCCCUACUACAUUGUUCUGAGGAACAUUGAGGCACUGCCUAGGACUCUUGCAAACCUAUUGAGACAGUGGAUGGAGCUUAUGCAGCAUUCAACUGGUUGAGGACUUUUAUGCUGCAAAUUCCAUUUUGGCCGAGAGCGUCUGCUCCCUAUUCAGUGUUCAGAUGCAUCUUCUCUACCCAUUCUUUCUUUGUAUAUAGACAGUAUAGUUCUUCAAUUUAAAGUACAGAUGCUGUAUCAUUCAUUUUAUCAGCAAGUGUUUACAAGAUGAUCUUUAAUAUUGUCAGAUUUAUUUAGAUAAAUACAGGUUUAAAAGUUCUUAUAAAA